UGUAUGAAGUAGCAUGAUCUUCCUUUUUGCAGUACUUUUUAGCUUCUACUUAAGUUUGAGGAUUAAUUUGUGGUUUUUUGUUUGGAUUUUCUUGGAGAUCAGAUUUUCAACAUAUUCAAUAGGGACAUGGGUGGCGAAGAUGUUAAGGUUGCUGUUGAACUAUCCUUUAUGGAAGCUGUCCAAGGAUGCACCAAAACACUGUCAAUUAUGACUGAUUUAACUUGCGAAACUUGUGGUGGAGCUGGGGUUCUUCCUGGAACAAGGCCUGAGACUUGUAAACGCUGUAGAGGUUCUGGCAUGAUUAUCUCGCAAAAUGGUCCUUUCACUCUUCAAUCUACUUGUCCAAGUUGUGGGGGAGCUGGAAAAAUUGUUUCGGUAUGACAUUUCACAUUUCCAAAAUGAAAUUACUGAUCAAUAGACGAGUCUGCAUUUUGUUGCUUUGGUCACAUGCUGUACUAUGCUCUCUGAAGUUAUUCAUUUAUUUAUAUACUAGUUCCUAAUUUUGCAGUUUAUAUCUUCUUUAUAUUUAAUACUCGUCAAUUAUCUAUGGUUAUGAUAUGGUACUUGAGGGGCUGUAUGAUAUGCAAAUAUUGCUAAAUCUUGCUUAGUUUAUCAUUUAUCAUGAAUGGUCCAAGUUUGAUUGGGUCUUUAAUUCUUUCUGUUGUCCGCCUCUAGGUUACUUUAUGUUUUGUUCAAUUUUUAACCAUUUAUAGUUCCAUAUCUUUCAACUAAGGACUUAAGCAAGAGAUGAAUACAUGACUCAGAUUUAUAAAUAGUCAUAUUUUUUAUCUC